AGUAAUUAUGAAUUAUUUUUUUCAAAAGUGAUUUUCCACUCCUGCAUUAUCGUUUCUAAAAAAAUAUAAAAUCAUUAUAUCAAGUCAUUAUAUUCAUUAUUGUAAAAAGUAACGACGUUAUAAUUAUUGUAAAAAGUAACGACGUUAUAAUUAAGUAAUUUUUCAAUCGUUAUACUUAUUUCAAUUGUAACGCAAUAAAAUAUCUCUUCUAUCGGUCAAUGGGUUGUUGCUUAAUUGACAUAGCUAAUGCAAGCUAAUGUGACAACAAUCGGGAGGUAUAAAAGUGAAGAAUGAUAUAUCUAAUCAUCCUAUUGAGUUUAAGCUUCUUUCUGCCGUUUCCCACCCCCACUGUAAUGCGCGAGUUUCACGGUCGCACUCUCGUCUCCGUAUGUCACCAUUGUCGCCGCACUAUGUCGCCUCGUUCGCCGCCAAUCGCGCGAGCCCACCGGCGUGAAGUUGCGCGCGAUUGCCGCCGCGUGAGUGUGAUGUGCCGCGCGCGCAUCUAAGUUCACGCGAGUCAAUCCAACUCGAUCGUGGAUCGCAGGCGUGUUCGCGUUUACGUAUAAGACGGGUACGACGCGAAAAUUACACGUGUUUAUUUGCCGAUGGUGGUCGAACGAGACUGAGGCAGAGAGUAUAGUGGAAGGAUGACGACAGCAAUGCAAGAGGAUGAUUUCAAAGCGACCACUGUCGCUAAUACCGUCGCCAACACCGUCGCCGAUCAUGCCGAGGAACACAGACUCCGCACCGGGACCGACAGCUUUCCAAGCAUCAAUGAGAGGCCGGUCGACGACAUCUCCCUCGAAUUCUUCUAUAAACCGCACACUAUCACCCUGUUACUCAUCUCUAUUGGUGCCGUUAUAUACUCUGCGUUCACCAGGAAUACCACAAAUGUGGAAGACAACAUGUGGGCGGGUAUAUUGUGCGUCAUUUUCUUCUUCCUUAUCAUAUCUGUCCUGACAUUCCCCAACGGUCCAUUCACUAGGCCUCAUCCUGUGGUAUGGCGGAUAGUGUUCGGCUGUAGUGUACUCUAUUUGAUGGGUCUGCUGUUCUUGUUGUUCCAAAACUAUGAGACAGUCAGAAGAAUCCUGGUAUGGGUAGAUCCAGGUUUAGCUUCCUUCCACAUCGAUAUGGACAAGGAGUACGGUGUCAAUUGUUCGGAUGUCACAGUAGAAAGGAUCUGGAAUCACCUGGACGUAUUUGCGUUAGCACAUUUUCUUGGCUGGGCCUUCAAGGCCAUCUUAAUUCGUCAUCUUGGUAUCCUUUGGGCCAUCAGCGUCAUGUGGGAGGUGACAGAGAUUGCCUUUGCUCAUUUAUUGCCAAACUUUAUCGAGUGCUGGUGGGACGCCUUGAUUCUCGACGUUUUAGUGUGCAAUGGAUUGGGUAUCUGGGUCGGCUUGAAAAUUUGCUCCAUAUUGGAGAUGAGGGAAUACAAGUGGGUCAGUAUUCGUGACAUUGAGAGCACCACUGGGAAACUGAAAAGAGCAAUGUUGCAGUUUACUCCUGGCAGUUGGACAAGUGUUAGAUGGCUGGAUCCAACUUGCACACAUAUGCGACUGGUUGCUUUAUGCCAGCUAGUGAUAUUCUGGCAAGUUUCCGAGCUGAAUACGUUCUUCUUGAAACACGUCUAUGAGUUUCCUCCAUCUCAUCCAUUUGUUGUUGCCAGAUUAGUAUUGGUCGGCGUUAUAGUCGCACCAUCCGUUAGGCAGUAUUAUAUGUACGUAACUGACCCGACAUGUAGUCGAGUGGGAACUCAGUGUUGGGUCUAUGGAGCAAUUAUGGUGACAGAAGCUUUACUAUGUAUACGCCAUGGUGCAGCUCUGUUUGAACGCACUCAAGCCCUUAAUAUCCUCCUUUGGCUGCUUUGCCAAUCUCUAGUCUCCGUUCUCUGCGUUUAUGGCUGUGUUUUGUGGCAUCAGUACUUUGAGACGGGAAAGAAAGUCACUAUAAGACGGUCAGUCUCCCAUCUAAGCAAGUUUGACACGGAUGUAAGCGGGAAUAUGGUUCGUCGUACGAAAUCCGUGGAAGAAUUCGAUAAGAAAAAAUUGUGAAAGAAAGAGAGAAAAGAACCACUUGAUGGUGAACUG